UGUUAUGUUCCUCUUAUUUUUGUGGAUUGUUAUAUAAAAGAUCUGAAUAAAAUUUGUUGUUAUGUUGCUGUUAUUUUUGUGGAUUCUUAUAUAAAAGAUCUGAAUAACUAAAUAAUAUAUUUUGUUAUGAAUUGUAAAACGUGGACUGAUCUACGUUAUACAAAAUAUAUUGUAUAACGUGGAUCAAUCCACGUUUUACAAGUAUAGAUCACUAUCUUAAAAUAUUGUGGAACUGUGGAUAUUGCCAAUAAUGGACCGAUGAUGACAUUUUCGGUAUAGGAGAAAAGAAUUGUGAAAUGUGUCAUAAAGAAUCAAAUUUUUUUCCCUCCCAUUUUGUGAAUGUUGCUUUGUUUGAUGUAUUUAUGCAUUACCAUAGUAAUUUUUGACUGCAGAACCUGUAAUUUCUUCCCUAUGCUCGGAAGUUUGGCAUAAUUGUGAAACGUGGACAGUUCCACGUUAUUCAAUAUAUUUUGUUAUGGAUUGUUAUACAAUAUAUUUUGUUAUGGAUUUUUAUAUAAUAUAUUUUUUUAAUAGUGAGUUACUCCAAAUAGCUUGAUCUGGACUUCAUUUUUUUUUUAUAUAAGGUAUGGAGUUUCCACGGGUAUGCGUACAUUCGGGGCCAGAAGUGUACGAUGUGUUAACACUCCAGGAGAAGCAUCGAUCAGAGGCUGUGUGGGAUGGUUCCUUGAGAGGACCGACCGGAUGCCUGUUUUCUCGCCGCGCGGAUACUGAAUUUUGGAAGCAUGUGAGGCGUCAUCCUUUUUAUCCUCGCAUCCUUGACUACUUUGGCCUGUGUGGAUUUAGGGGAGUAAUAGAGGUAGGAUGUGUAUCAUAUGAUUGGGCAGUCAUCACUGCACUUAUAGAGAGAUGGCGUCCUGAGACGCACACCUUUCAUCUGCGUACAGGUGAGGCGACCAUCACAUUACAAGAUAUCGAGGUCAUGUUUGGCUUGGUUGUUGAUGGUUAUCCUUUGAAUAAUCUUAAUGCUAGAUAUAUAGAUAUUGGUGGGUGGCAACAAUUGAUCCAUGAGCUUACUGGUUGGGCACCCGGUCUGGAUUGUUUUAAUGGUGUUAGUAGGUUAGAAGUACAUAAAUUAAUUGAAUAUAUUAGAGGCUUAGAUGACAUUACAGAUCAGACCCCAGAAAUUGAUGUGCAACAGCGGGUUAGGUUGUACUUGCUAUGGCUUUGUGGCGGCACAAUAUUUCCGGAUAAGUCCGGUGACUUACUUAAUGUAGAUUAUUUGCUUGACAUGCGUGACCUUAGAGCAAUGAGUGGACAAGCUUGGGGAGCGGCUGCAUUGUCAUAUUUGUAUACUUGUUUAUGCCGUGCUUCGUUGAGGAAAACCAAGGAUGUGUGUGGAUUCAUUUCCUUAUUGCAGGUUUGGGCUUGUGAGCGCAUUAUACCGAUGCAGCCACCAUGCAGGGCUCUUCCGCCACACACGGCUCUUGCACGAAGGUGGACUCAUCGUAAAUCCCACGAAAAUGAGGCACGUGAUGUUUUACCCAUAUGUAGGGAUGUAUUGGACAACCUAAUAGAUGGCCAGUUUGUGUGGCAGCCUUAUUCAGAGGCCAUCAUCAAUAGACUCCCUGAGUGGUGUCUGCGUGGCCGAGAUAUUUGGAUGGCGAAGGUUCCCCUUAUUUGUGGGAUCUAUCGAGUGUGGCACAUGGUAGACCGCGUCCUCAGACAGUUUGGUAGGAAGCAGCAUAUUCUGGGUCUAUGUGCUGAGAUUGAUCCUUUUCAUUACAAACGUGACAAGCGGUAUGCUAUAAAAGUGGAGGAUCAACAAUAUUUUACAGAAACAGACUUUUUGUGGGUAAAUCAUCGAGAAAGAUUAAUUAUGGCCGAGUAUGAAACUCAAGACCCAGAGUCACUAUCAGAGUAUUUUUGUUGGUAUCGACGUCACUCGCGCACUUUCAUAGGAAAUCCUGCGCAUAAAGUGGAUAGAGGAUACCAACACAUGGCAGGCAGGCAUGAGGCAAUGGCUUUAGGACAUCAAGAAUCAUACAGGUUGGCUCAGCAGACUAUCCAAGAUCCAACCAAGUCUGAUGAAGUGAAGGAAAUAGCAGAGAUGUUUAGCCACAUUAAUACAGAGUCCAUGCUGCUGCCUCUCUGGGGACGAUGUUGA